AUGUGUCCACGCCAGUGCGCGGGCAGCUCAGGAUUGUGGCUUGGGCAGCAGGUGCUGUGUGGGGGACUCUUGUUGUUUCAGGUGCCGGUGACCUUCGAGGAGGUGGCUGUGUAUUUCACCCAGGGGCAGGGGGCUCUGCUGGACCCCGCUCAGAGAGCCCUCUACAGGGACGUCAUGCAGGAGAACUACGAGACGGUGACCUCGCUGGGAUUUCCCAUUCCCAAACCUGAGCUGAUCGCCCAGCUGGAACAAGGGGAAGAGCCGUGGGUGCCCGAUCUCCAGGCGUGCGAAGAAAGAGAGAGCCCAAGAGGGACUCGCACAGGUGAUAAGAGAGUGAGUGAGAAUGAAGAGGAGAAUCAUGAUGCAGAUGUUCCUGGUAAAGUGGAACCACAGGAGACCUUUAUGGGAAGAGCUGAAGGGAAUUUUUCCCAGUGCUGGGAACAGGGAGAAGCUUGUGGAAAUUGGCACAGGUCAGAGAAGCUUGUGGGAAACCACCCAGAGAAGAAAGCGGAUGAAUAUAUUAUCCGUGGGAGAGGAGACAAGGAUCCCAGAGCACAGCAGACAAAUCCAAAGCAAGAGACACCCUGGCACUGCCUGCAGUGUGGGAAAAGAUUCAUUCUGAGCUCACAGCUUGUAACACAUCAGACAAUCCAUACUGGAGAGAAACCCCUUCAAUGCUUGGAUCGUGGAGAAAGCUUUAGUAACUGCUUAGACCUUAAUAACCAUGGGAGACGCCACACAGAAGAGAAACCCGCUCAAUGCCUCGAGUGCAGGAAAUGUUUCAUUUGGAAGUCAGAAAUAAUUACACAUCAUAUAAGCCACACAGGAGAUAAGUGCAUGGACUGUGGAGAAAGUUUCAUACAGAGUUCAGACCUUGAUAAACAUCAGAGAAUCCACACAGGAGACAGACCUCACAAGUGCGUGUACUGUGGGAAAAGUUUCAGGUGGAGGUCAGCCCUUUUUAAACACCAGGCAAUCCACACAGGAGAGAGACCCCAUAAGUGCUUAGACUGUGGAAAAAGUUUCAUAUGGAAGUCAGACCUUGUUAAACAUCAGGCAUUCCACGCAGGAGUAAGAUCCCAUAAGUGUUUAGUCUGUGGGAAAAGUUUCAUACGGAGGUCAGACCUUGUUAAACAUCAGAGAAUCCACACAGGAGAGAGACCUCACAAAUGCAUGGACUGUGGGAAAAGUUUCAUACAGAGAUCAGACCUUGCUAAACAUCAGAGAAUCCACACAGGAGAGAGACCUUACAAGUGUGUGGACUGUGGAAAAAGUUUUAUACAGAAGUCAGCCCUUGUUAAACAUCAGAGAAUUCACACAGGAGAGAGACCCCAUAAGUGCUUGGACUGUGGGAAAACGUUCAGAAUCACAUCGGCCCUUGUUUUCCAUCAGAAAAUCCACACAGGAGAGAGACCCCAUAAGUGCUUAGACUGUGGAAAAAGUUUCAUAUGGAGGUCACACCUUAUUAAACAUCAGGCAUUCCACACAGGAGUCAGAUCCCAUAAGUGUUUAGUCUGUGGGAAAAGUUUCAAACAAAGGUCAGACCUUGUUAAACAUCAGCGAAUCCACACAGAAGAGAGACCUCACAAAUGUGUGGACUGUGGAAAAAGUUUCAAACAGAGGUCAGACCUUGCUAAACAUCAGAGAAUCCACACAGGAGAGAGACCUCACAAGUGUGUGGACUGUGGAAAAAGUUACAUACAGAAGUCAGACCUUGUUAAACAUCAGAAAAUCCACACGAGAGGGAGAUCCUAUACGUGUUUGGACUGUGGGGAAAGUUUCAGAAUCCCAUCAUCACUUGUUUUACAUCAGAGAAUCCACACAGGAGAAAGCCCCCAUAAGUGCUUAGAAUGUGGGAAAAAUUUUGUACGGCGGUCAGAUCUUAUUAAACAUCAGGUAAUCCACACAGGGGUAAGAUCCCAUAAGUGUUUAGUCUGUGGGAAAAGUUUCAUACGGAGGUCAGAUCUUGUUAAACAUCAGAGAAUCCACACAGGAGAGAGACCUCACAAAUGUGUGGACUGUGGGAAAAGUUUUAUAGAGAGGUCAGCCCUUGUUAAACAUCAGAGAAUC